UGGCCCCUUUCCUUCCCCUUUGCUGGGUAAGAGGCCAGCACCCCGCUAGGACAAGCCCAGUCCAGCUGAGCCCAGUGCAGCAGAGUCCAACGGAGCCGAAUCCAGCCGAGCAGAGCCCUGCCACCAGGGAGCAAGGCGUGGAACACCCAUGGUGCUGGUGGUACAGGAACUGCCUCUCGUGUGCCUGGUGCUGCUCCUGCUCUGCAGAGAGCCGGGUGUGGAUGCCCAGGCAGGUCAGGGCUUCACUGUGCAGCAGCCCCAGGCCAAGGUGACGGUGGCAGCGGGGGAGACGCUCACCCUGAACUGCACCACGUCUCCAAUUGCUGGACCAGGUCCUACGAAGUGGCUGAAGGGCUGGGCCACUGGGAACAAGACUGUCUAUGACCAGAAUAACAAGGAUCCCUCGUCCCGUGUGACGAGAGCAGUGGAUGGGUCUGACACAGACUUCACCAUCCGCAUCAGGAACGUUCAGCCUGAGGACAUGGGCACCUACUACUGUGUGAAGUUUGUCAAGGGGGACUCUGGUGAUGAUGAGGUGUUUCAGCGUGGCAGUGGCACCGAGGUGUCUGUGCAAGCCAAACCCAGCCCCCCGCUGGUGUCUGGGCCUGAGCAGAGAGCGAGGCCGGGGCAGUCGGUGCCUUUCACCUGCACGAGCGGAGGGUUCUUUCCUAAAGAGAUUGGGGUGAAAUGGUUCAAGAACAAGAACCUCAUGGCAGUUCAUUCAGCCAACGUCACCGAAUGGAGGAGGAAAACCUACAACAUGUCCAGCACAGCGAUGGUGACCCUGCAGAAGGACGAUGCCCUCUCUGAGCUCAUCUGUGAGGUGCAGCACUCCACGCUGCCGGGCCCACUGCGAGGCAGCUACCAGCUCAGCAGAGUCCUGCGAGUUCCCCCCAGCGUCGAAGUGCGCGCCGAGCCGAGCCCCGCUGAGCUGAACAAGACCGUGACCUUCACCUGCCUCGUGAAGGAGUUUUACCCAGCUAACCUGUCCGUUUCCUGGCUGGAGAAUGGGAUUGAGAUAAAGGUGCAGAACGUCUCCCGGACACGGAAGCUGCCCCGGGGCUUGUUUGAGCUGAGAAGCCAGGUGGAGGUGCAAGCGACGGAGGAGAGAAACGGCUCCACGAUCACCUGCACGGUGGUGCACGACGGCCAGGCCCCUGCCAGCUACUCAGCCUCCCUGGGUGGGUGGAUCUCCAACCCGGCCCAGGAUGGCUUCCAGAUGGGUAAGGGUGCAAACCCUCUGUCCAGCCUCCUCCUGCUGCUGUGGAUGGGUGUCCUGCUGGAGAAGGGGCUCCUCGGUGGGCUCCUCCUCUUCCUCUUCCAGCGCAUGAAGAGAAAAGCAUCGGAGAUGUUGCCCUGCCCUGCUCCCCCUCAGUCCCCCGCAGCCGGGUCCUGGGGCUCGGCCACUGCCCGCAGCGCUUUGUGAACCUGCAAUAAAGGA